UUUUUAUCAUAAACACGCAGAGGCUGCGAGGAUUCAGUCGAUGUGAAAGAGACGUUUAUGUGGUCAAACUGGAAGUCUGGACACAAGUGCAGGUUAGAUGCAGCAUGGAUGUGUUAUAAAAGACUGCCUUAUCUUCCCCCUAAAUGUCUAUAUCCCCCUUUUUCUUCGCACUGAUGUGGACUGAAUUCACAGCUCGUAUGUCUUGAAGCCGGGAAUGAAUUGUUCACGUUGAAAAAUGCUGCUUUGGAUUGUUCUGCUGAAUGCGGCUCUUUGUGUUGCUAGUGGAAAUGUUACAAGGGACGUUUGUAAGGAGCAGAUAUGCUCUUGCAACGAGAUAGAGGGAGAUCUGCACAUAGACUGCGAAAAAAGAAGCUUCACCACUCUGCAGCAUUUGACUGGCCCGAGCUCGCAGUUUUAUCACUUGCUGUUGCACGGGAAUUCUCUAUCCAGGCUAUUUCCCAAUGAGUUCGCCAACUUUUACAAUGCCGUGAGCCUGCAUUUGGAAAACAAUGGUUUGCACGACAUUGUCCCCGGCGCCUUUCUGGGACUGCAGCUGGUGAAGAGGCUGCACAUCAAUAACAAUAAGAUAAGAUCGUUCAGGAAGAGUACAUUUCUGGGAUUAGACGACUUGGAAUAUCUCCAAGCUGAUUUUAAUCUUUUGAGGGAUAUUGACCCCGCUGUUUUCAGGGACCUAAAUAAACUUGAAGUGUUAAUACUUAACGACAACCUCAUCAGUGCGCUACCUAUAAACGUGUUUCAACAUGUGCCCAUUACGCAUCUCGACCUGCGGGGAAACCGAAUCAAAACGUUGCCUUAUGAGGGGAUCCUCGAACAAAUACCGGGCAUUGCGGAGGUUCUGUUGGAGGACAACCCGUGGGACUGUAACUGCGACCUGGUUUCUCUUAAGGAAUGGCUGGAGAACAUACCGCAUAACGCGCUUAUUGGGAGGGUGAUUUGCGAGGCUCCCACCAGGCUGCAAGGGAGCGACUUAAACGAGACGUCAGAAGCGGAUCUGUGCCCCUCACAGAGCGGCGGAGUGGACACCAGCCUGGUCGCCCCUCCCACUCAAGAGGAGAUGUCGGAGACCGUGGCCCGUGGCCCGCGUCCCACGCCUUUCAAGCCAAAUGGAGACGCCAAUGGGAACCCGACUCCUGGCGGUCACGGAGCCAAGAGCCGCUCCAAAUCUCGUGAGAACUGGCAAUUGAAAACCAAGCCCACUCCGGUGCCCACAGGUGUGAACGGGGACAGGGAACAGCUGCACAACGUGACGUGCCCCCAACCGUGCAACUGCAAGCUGGUCGGCUCCAGACAAGGGCUGGGGGUCAACUGCGAGGGCAAAAAGAUCGAGAGUUUGUCUAACCUCAAACCUAAGCCCUUGGGCGCCCACGAAUUGAACAUGAGAGAUAACAACAUACACGCAGUGAAGAAGAACCAGUUGCUUGGCUAUUCCAGUCUCAACCUGCUCGAUCUGGGCGGGAACAAUAUCAAGGUGAUUGACAACAGUACUUUCCAAAACCAGAGCGAGCUCAGGUGGUUGUAUAUGGAUAAGAACUACCUGGAUACGCUCAUGGCAGAGAUGUUUGUGGGCCUUGUGAAUCUGGAAUAUCUCAGUUUGGAAUACAACGACAUCCAGCUGAUAGUGGCAGGUGCAUUCAGCCCCAUGCCAAACCUGAGGGUUCUGUUCCUCAAUAACAACUUGCUCAAAUCUUUACCCGUGGAUGCUUUCCUUGGAAUUUCUUUAUCUAAAAUUAGCCUGCACAACAAUUAUUUCCCCUAUCUCCCCGUGGCUGGCGUGUUAGACCAGCUCAACUCAAUCAUACAGAUCGAUCUGCACGGGAACCCGUGGGAUUGCUCGUGCAACAUCUUGCCCUUCAAGCAGUGGACGGAGAAACUCGGGGCCGACGUGAUAGUGAGCGACCUCAAGUGCGAAUCCCCUGAAGAGUUUUGGAAGCGAGAUUUCCGUUAUGUCCGGAACGACCUCAUGUGCCGCAAACUCUAUGACAAAGUCUCUCCUACCCCCCUGUCCAAAAACAGCACUUUCACCCAGGACUCGGGGACGCGCUCAAACUCUUAUUUGGAGCCGAACAGGGUCUCCAUCUCAGUGCUCGUCCCCGGGUUGCUGCUGGUGUUCGUCACGUCCGCAUUCACUGUUGUAGGAAUGCUUGUCUUUAUUUUGCGGAAUCGAAAGAGGUCAAAGCGGAGGGACGGGAACUCCUCCGCCUCGGAGAUCAAUUCGUUACAGACAGUGUGUGACUCGUCUUAUUGGCACAGCGGGCCUUAUAACGCAGACGGGGGUGCGCACCGGGGCUUCGACUGCAGCACUCACCUCUCCACGACAAACGAUGCGUAAAGGGACUCUGCUAUAGUCUUAGUACAAUAAACCUGGAUUACAAACAAUCACACAGACAGACUUGCGCACACAAAUGACUAAAUCGGCAAGAUCAUCUUUUGUUGUUCGUCACCAGCGAACACAGACUUGUUUAUGUCUUGUUUUCUCCAGUUGAACCAAGUAAGUGAGUGUGCUGCUGCACAGGCCCCACUCUGUAUUAUAUGUACAUGCCAAGCCCACCCCUCCUGGCUAAAAACAAAACCCUCUCUCCCCCCCGCUUUCUUCUCCUCCCAGUUUUGCUAUUUGCCGCAAUCGGACUAAGGAUCUGUACGAGACAGGAAAGAGGGAGGAAAAAGGAGUGAGAGGGGAGGGAGGGGGGAGGGAAGGCGCGUGUGUGAGGCGGAGAGAGAGAGAGAGAGAGAGUGCGAAAGAGACCGAGGACCCGGGGAAUGGUGCACGAACGCAUGAAUGUAAAUGUAAAUACUCGGACCGAUGUAUCAUAAUCUGCAUGAUGAUAUUUCGCAUGGUUUCAACACACAGACGACGGCGAGGAACCAUAACCACCAUAACCAACAAAGAAGCAAACUCGACCCUUUCAUGUUAUAUCAAUAUGACGACAAUAUAUAGAUAUUAAGAAUUAUAUAUGACUAUUACAAAGUGCCAUUUCUCUAUUUUUUGUGAACCUGCAGUUAGGAUUUGUAUUUGUUGUUUUAAAUUUGUUUGGAGAAAAGAGGAGGGAAAAAAAAUCAAUAACGGAUAACGAUGACUAUCGGAACGGAGUGAUGGAAGUGAAGCUGUCAGUGCAUGUUAAUUUUCUGUUUGUUAUCAUUUGAUUGUCGUUAAAUAUUGGGGUUAUUUAUACCGUACUAGGUGGUGCAGAGGAAAAAUCUGCGCAGUCAUCAUCUCCUUUAUGAAUGUAAACUGUGUUAUUUUAUGGUGUGCCAAUUGUUGACUUUCAGAUAUUCAGACAUGCAGAUGAGCAUGACCAAUUAACGUCACUCAGAUGCUUAUGCUGCAAAGUUAAUGUAGCUCAAAUAACAGUUCUGUGGUUUUGUGUGUCAAUGAAUAUAGCCUGCUUUGGGUGAGAGGAAGAAAAAAAAAACCAAGUCAUUUAAAUGGGGGGUUUAUACCAUCAUAUUUUUUCAAUAACUGAGCAAAGAAGUGUUUUCAAUUGAGCUAUGUAGGUAUAAUUCGAUCUAUGUAAAGCAGCGCAGGUAGACUGAUAAUAUAGAAUAGAAUGCUUUUUUUUAAUGUCAGAAAAAAAGUAUUCCUCCACGAAAAAGCUUAUGGCUAUGAUUCACGUUCAUCAUAUUGUGAGCUUUUGUAAAGCCAUCUAAUCUUGUCCAAAUAAGAGAACUGAAACUCACUGUAUUUACUACAAAAUGUGCUUGAAAGAGGCUGUUUUGGAGGCGUGAUUCUUGCUUUCUUUCCAAACGGAGAGAGCAUGUGGCCAGUUCAUGAAGAUACAAGAGGUGUCUGCUUCACUAGAAGGUGGAGGGGAGGGGGAUGGAAAACACACACACACACACACACACACACACCUGCAGAGGUAAUUUGAUAAUGCAAGAUGCCUUUUUCAAUUAAGCAUUUUGAACUUGAGAUACUCUUCUGGGGUUUGGGGGGGGUCCGCAUGGUUUUUGUGGGCUCAUGGAAACAAUGCCAUGACUGAACACCUGUUUUGCAGAGCUCAGCUGACGGGUCUGCUGCUUAGCCUAUACUGCUUUAACUGAACGUGGAUUUAAAACAAACAAACAAACAAACAAAAAACAAACAAACAAAAAAAAAAAGACAAAAGAGCAUUAAAACUUUGAGGGUAUACUUCCAGUAUUCAAAAAUUCAAGUCUGCAACUUCUCUGCAGUGUCUGAUCUGAAACAGAUGCAAGGAAUGUGCAAUUUGCAUUUAUUUCAUUUUAUUUUAUUUUUUUAUUCUGAUGUUAAAUUCCAGUGCUGAUGACUUUUUUUUUCUUGUUUUGAUGUUGCCAAUUGAUUUUCUUGAAGAAACCCACUCUAGGAUGCCUAAUUUAGACAAGAUUUCAUCAUAAUUCGGCUAAAAUCGACUUAAGAUGCCAUUGCAGCGAAGAGAGUGUACAGUGUUGAUGUGAGAUGGGCUUACACCCCCUAACUCCCCGUCACCCCCCACCCCUUCCCCUCACUCGUAGGCCUGCAGUAUCUCCCUCCAGUAUUGCAGACCAGCGCUGUCCAUGGUGCUGAAUCAUUUCCCUCUCUUGCUUUCUUUGUCAGCCAGCCUCCUUGCUUGUGAGAACAUUUGAGUGUGUGUGCAUGUGUUUGCGUGACAGCAAAUGAGUGUGUGUGUGUGAGCGAGAGAGAGAGAUAGUGAGAGAGAGAGAGAGCAAUUGCGUGACCAUUUGCAUGUAUGUGUCUUCUUUCUCCUCUGUCAGCCCUCCUUCUCCCCCCUUCCCAAAUAUGUAAUCACGUGCAGCUUGACCUUGGGGACUAACAUCUCAGCAGAUCUGUGACAAACACUCAUCAUCCUCAUCGUCACCACCUCCCUGCAUUUUUGUCCAGUCACCUUGCCUCCCCCUCCCCACUUCAUUUCCCAUUUCCCAGCUUUUCGGUGUGUGGGGGGAGAGGGGGACUGGGAAAACUAUGUGUCUCUUCUGUGGAGUAUAACUGUGCCACAGCCCACUGAUGAUUUGUCAUAAUUUUCAAACGCUGUGUUUCAAAGUUACAUUUAUAUGCUUUGCGAUAUUUGACCUGCUUCUAUUUUGUUAAAUAAAGUGUGGUUGAGGUUGAGUAAAAAA